AUGGCACAUGUCAAAUUACUCCCCCUUCUUGGAGCAGCGCUCUUCGUUUUGGGCAACUCAGCUCAGGGUAACGCCGCAUCGCCAGGACAAGGAACCAGCACCGCCUACAGCGUGACGCUUGAGCAGGAUGGCGUCUGCCUUUCCGACAUUGACGGUGUGCGUGAGAAAGCAGGAUUCGGCAAGUUCGCACGCCCUACUGAGCCUACGAAGCAGCUCCCUACAAACGAUAAUACAGGGAAGCAGUGGGACCGUUUCUGUCAAGAUGUGCUGGCUGACAAGGGAUCGAAGACAUCGGUGUCGUCCGGCGAUGAUGGAGCCACCAGUGCUAUGUAUAGCAUGAUGGUGUUAAGCUCCAGCAAGGUGGACUGCAGUGCUGUUGUGGACCACUGGAAAGCAGCAAACAAGAACUUCACGGGAAUUCCACCGGCACCUGAGAAAUCGUCCGGCUUGUACGAGAAUGCUGAUAAUGUCAUGUUUAUAUCGUUAUUUACCCCUUCAGCUGGAGCCACAGCGGACUGUCGGGUGGUGACAUGUACCGAAACUACCACUGUUACUGAAACACAGAAGAAAACGGAAAGGAAGGGCUACGCCUUCUUAUGCAUGACGACGCCUAAUAUAUUGGGUGACGGGACGAAGCAACCUUUCACGAAAGAUGAGUGGGAAAAGAUAUCGGCUGUUUUCAAGGCUUCCGCGCAGGCUGUCGUACCUAGCGUAUUCUUUGUUCUCUUGGUAGCACUUGGGGGGAUUCUUCUCUAG